UGGGGCAUCAGCAGUUGAAAACUCAGAAUACCAAGCCAGUCCUUCCCUGUGACUGCUGCAUAGCUUUUGCCUGCAGGAUAAGCCUCCAUCACUGACGUAGUUGCUUUUUAACUUCUUUUUUUUUUUAACUUGGAAAAUCCCCCACCUCCUCCAUUCCUUCACAAAACUUUCUGCCUGAAUGAUUUCUAGUCUGAGGGCCAUACACAUAUUUUUUUUUCUCCCUCUGCAGGUUUUUUUUUUCUCUUCAAACUUCCGCAUGCUGCCUUUUUUUAAAGUGUCACACCUUGGAAAAAAUUCUGACUAUAAAGGAUUUUGCAGUACAUUGCAUUCAAACCCCUUUCCCCCUAUUCCAACUUGCUUUAUAAUGAAAGUAAGAGCCAUAAUCAAGAGACUUUUAUUGGCAAUUAAGUAUCUAAGGACUUUGCAGAUUUUCCUCUUUAUUGUACGGAAAUCUUAAAUGUUUAAUGAAUAUUUAAGUAAACAAAUUUCAGCAACAUGCCUUUUUUAGGAAUUUGGCUUUAAUUAACAUCCAAACACUGUUAAUUAUUAUGGCAAAAACAUUAAUACGUCAAAAAAAAAAAGCCUUCAGGCCAGGGAAUCUUUAAGAAACAAUUAUGUCUACUAAUUUCGAUUAAAGGCAUCCUUUAUUAAAUUCUUAACAGCCCGUCUCUUUCUAAACGCAGCGCCUUCACAACUCUUCUUCCCUUCCCCCCACCCCGCUUCCCUCCCUCCGCAAUGGAGCGCAAUCAAAGGCCGUUAUUAUUGCCUAAGCUUGGCUCUCAGGCCAGCUAGGGGUGUGUGUGUGUGUAUGUGUGUGCAUGCGUGUGUGUGUGUGUGUGUGUGUGUUUGGUGGGGCGGGGGUGGGGGGCGAGGGUGCAAGGGGAGAGGUUGUACGCCGCUUUUCCGAACCCAGCUCUAAAUGGUUUCUCCUAAGCGAGACAAGGAUUUUCCAUAGCCUAAAAGAGGCCAUCAAGUUUUAACAUUGCGAGGCACGACUUUUAAUCGCAUCCUUCCCGGAAAAGUACAAACAGUUCCUCAGACGAGGUCCCCCACCUCCCACGCGCUCCCCAGCCCUCCCUCCCUGCGGAGAGCCCCGCGACAGCCUCCCCAACACCUGUGAAUCAUCCGGGAGGCUGCCACCGCCGAGCGAUCCGCGCACUACCCCCUCCCCGGGCCCGGGCACGGCCAGGGAGGACAGUUAGGGUUGUUGCUUUAUAGUUAUCACUUUUAAUCUCUAAUACGACCAGCACAAGUAGCCUUUGUCUCCCCGCCCUGAUUUGAGCAUCCGAGGGCCCCCCGAGGCAGCCUGCACGGGUACCCCGGGGUUUGCGCACUGAGUGAACCCCCAGAUUCGGCCGUGUCCCAGCCGUCCUUGCUCUGAAUCCCCCACCUCCUCCCGGCCGUUUGGACGGUUCCCUCGGGGCGUCUGUGCCUCCGUGGGGUACCCCUAAGACACCCAGCACGAAACCCCAGCACCGACUGCAAAUUCCACCGAAAGCAGAGUCAUCCGUUUUUGCCCUCGGCAAACAACUCAACUUCAAGCCUCGAGCCCUUGCAAACCCACGCUGGCUGGGCUAACUCCGCUUCCCUUCUCCUUCCCCCUACUCCUGCAACAGCUCAGAGAGCCUGGCUCUGACGUAGUUCAAAAUAACGUGCGCCAGCCUCGCUGCCCGGCUGACCACAGCAACGAGAGCCACAAGCCCUCGACGCUGCUUCGAUAACAUGAAGCAAUCACUCAUAAAAAUAGCAACCCACGUAGCCUGGCCAUAUAUGGAGCUGGCGAGGGUGGACGGGGAUGCCCCUCCGGACCCUCUUCGGAGAAAACAAAUCGCCGCUGAAAUUUCCCCCACCCCUCCCAUCACUACCUUUUACCCCUCCUCUGCCUUCCCCUCUCCUUAGAUGACUCAACCACAGAUUCCACUGAAAGGGGGUGGGGGUGGGGGAGAAUAUAUACACACACACACAAAUUAUACAUAUAUUAUACAUGUAUUAUAAAAUAUACACACACACAUAUAUAUACACACACACAUAUACACAUAUGUACACACACACGCACACACACCAAAGAACAUCAGGAAUGCAGUUGCGGGAUGAACGCGUUUGCCCAAGACCGAGUGUUAAAAUGGAGUCGUAAGAGUCGCCCCGUGCGGGUGUUUAUAGAAGGUGAAAACACGCAGGUUUGCAGGGCAGCGCACUGGGAACCGAGUCAAGCGCGCCGCAGCCCGGGCCCCGCCCCCGCCCCCGCCGUGCCCCGCCCCCACUUCCUCCCGCCCCUCGCCGGGCGGCUAUUAAAAGCUGCUGACGUCAAAACGGACGGCCAUCUUUGAUGAGGGCAGAGCUCACGUUGCAUUGAAGACGAAACCUCGGGGAGGUCAGGCGCUGUCUUUCCUUCCCUCCCUGCUCGGCGGCUCCACCACAGUUGCAACCUGCAGAGGCCCGGAGAACACAACCCUCCCGAGAAGCCCAGGUCCAGAGCCAAACCCGUCACUGACCCCCCAGCCCAGGCGCCCAGCCACUCCCCACCGCUACCAUGGCCGAAGAUGCAGACAUGCGCAAUGAGCUGGAGGAGAUGCAGCGAAGGGCUGACCAGUUGGCUGAUGAGUCGCUGGAAAGCACCCGUCGUAUGCUGCAACUGGUUGAAGAGAGUAAAGAUGCUGGUAUCAGGACUUUGGUUAUGUUGGAUGAACAAGGAGAACAACUCGAUCGUGUCGAAGAAGGCAUGAACCAUAUCAACCAAGACAUGAAGGAGGCUGAGAAAAAUUUAAAAGAUUUAGGGAAAUGCUGUGGCCUUUUCAUAUGUCCUUGUAACAAGCUUAAAUCAAGUGAUGCUUACAAAAAAGCCUGGGGCAAUAAUCAGGACGGAGUGGUGGCCAGCCAGCCUGCUCGUGUAGUGGACGAACGGGAGCAGAUGGCCAUCAGUGGCGGCUUCAUCCGCAGGGUAACAAAUGAUGCCCGAGAAAAUGAAAUGGAUGAAAACCUGGAGCAGGUGAGCGGCAUCAUCGGGAACCUCCGUCACAUGGCCCUGGAUAUGGGCAAUGAGAUCGAUACACAGAAUCGCCAGAUCGACAGGAUCAUGGAGAAGGCUGAUUCCAACAAAACCAGAAUUGAUGAGGCCAACCAACGUGCAACAAAGAUGCUGGGAAGUGGUUAAAUGUGCCCACCCGUGUUCUCCUCCAAAUGCUGUCGGGCAAGAUAGCUCCUUCAUGCUUUUCUCAUGGUAUUAUCUAGUAGGUCUGCACACAUAACACACAUCAGUCCACCCCCAUUGUGAAUGUUGUCCUGUGUCAUCUGUCAGCUUCCCAACGAUACUUUGUGUCUUUUGUUCUCUCUUGGUCUCUUUCUUUCCAAAGGUUGUACAUAGUGGUCAUUUGGUGGCUCUAACUCCUUGAUGUCUUGAGUUUCAUUUUUCAUUUUCUCUCCUCGGUGGCAUUUGCUGAAUAACAACAAUUUAGGAAUGCUCAAUGUGCUGUUGAUUCUUUCAAUCCACAGUAUUGUUCUUGUAAAACUGUGACAUUCCACAGAGUUACUGCCACGGUCCUUUGAGUGUCAGGCUCUGAAUCUCUCAAAAUGUGCCGUCUUUGGUUCCUCAUGGCUGUUAUCUGUCUUUAUGAUUUCAUGAUUAGACAAUGUGGAAUUACAUAACAGGCAUUGCACUAAAAGUGAUGUGAUUUAUGCAUUUAUGCAUGAGAACUAAAUAGAUUUUUAGAUUCCUACUUAAACAAAAACUUUCCAUGACAGUAGCAUACUGAUGAGACAACACAUACACACACAAAACAACACCAACAACAACAGAACAACAACAAAGCAUGCUCAGUAUUGAGACACUGUCAAGAUUAAGUUAUACCAGCAAAAGUGCAGUAGUGUCACUUUUUUCCUGUCAAUAUAUAGAGACUUCUAAAUCAUAAUCAUCCUUUUUUAAAAAAAAGAAUUUUAAAAAAGAUGGAUUUGACACACUCACCAUUUAAUCAUUUCCAGCAAAAUAUAUGUUUGGCUGAAAUUAUGUCAAAUGGAUGUAAUAUAGGGUUUGUUUGCUGCUUUUGAUGGCUACGUUUUGGAGAGAGCAAUCUUGCUGUGAAACAGUGUGGAUGUAAAUUUUAUAAGGCUGACUCUUACUAACCACCAUUUCCCCUGUGGUUUGUUAUCAGUACAAUUCUUUGUUGCUUAAUCUAGAGCUAUGCACACCAAAUUGCUGAGAUGUUUAGUAGCUGAUAAAGAAACCUUUUAAAAAAUAAUAUAAAUGAAUGAAAUAUAGAUAAACUGUGAGAUAAAUAUCAUUAUAGCAUGUAAUAUUAAAUUCCUCCUGUCUCCUCUGUCAGUUUGUGAAGUGAUUGACAUUUUGUAGCUAGUUUAAAAUUAUUAAAAAUUAUAGACUCCA